AUGGCAGCUGUGGAAGAGGAAGGGCCGGAAGAAGUGGAUCUGGGAGAGGAGUACGAGGAAACGAUCACCGUGAGUUCGUGGGAGAUCAAGGUUGCCAGGGCCGGCUUGGACCUGAAGGACGUGGUUGCCGCAACCUUCGAGAUGCCCGACGAGCCGAUUCGCUACCUUCAGCAGAGAACUGCAGCGGCAGCAAAAUUCCUGGAGGAAGCGGGCCAUACAGUUCCAUGGCUCAAGCUUGCUUCACUCAAGAAUCAGCCGGCGCGCAUUUGCAGCAUUGAAGCGGUGCACCACUACUUGGCGCACGUGCAUCAACCAAAGCAAACUGGUGUAUCCGCAUGCUUGUGCAUGGUGAAGGGUAGGGCCGACGAGAGGAGGGGGACCUUCCUCAGCCGGUACUGGGCCUGGGUGGAGGCUGAGCACACUCGCAUCGUGGCCACCCCCACCGACUCCAAGCGUCCGAGGCCCACCCACCCCUCAACGGACAAGCCCCCCGCCAAGAAGCUGCGCAUGGAUGACAAGACCACAACACUGGAGCCUGCCAACGUGAAGCUGCAAAACGAGCCAUAG